AUGAUCUCGAACACGAACUAUUACACGUGCGUCCUCCAGAGCACCAUCUAUCAACGACAUCUCCAGGUUCCUGAUGUUGGCGUCAGUCGGGAAGUUCUUCGUGAUCAGAGUCCCGCUUCUGGAUCAACUCUUGUAGAUAAGCCCGAACUUCUGGACGAAAACUCACGGCCAGCUAUAGGCGCACCAGUAUGUGAUCGCGCCCUGCACCAUGAACGAGACCUGGUUUACAUUGACGGACCUGUACCUGACCUCACACAAGAUCAUGUGGUCAAUCAUGGACUCGCUCGCAAUCACGGAGAUGUCCGCGCUCUUAUACGCGGUGCGGCUGAUGGAGGCGAUCUUGAAUGUGACUUGGACGAAGUCCAUAAACUUGAGACACGACCUGGGAUUGCGAUGGCCAGGUCGCUGGUGGAGAAGAUCGUCCCCAAAAAGCAAACGAUCAUCGCUUGCGGGGGGGUCCAAGACGAUUACCGACAUGGACACGAUCAUAUACAUAAACAUGCGAACGAACAAGAUCAGAUACUCGACGGAGAACACCGUCACGACCUAGCCUCAUAUAGUUACGACUACCUGGACUAG